AUGGACUUUUGGUCUCGUCUGAUCGGGGGUUCUGGUCUCUCGUCAUCAAGAGUCCUUCGGGGCAACUCCGCUGCUGAGCGCGUAGCAACAUUUAAACAUACGUGCAAUACCCUCGAUCAAAUAUGGCGUACAGCGCCUACCACCUCUGGCGAAGCUGCUUCCAUUCUUCAAGUUAGAAAUUGCCUUGAACGCCUCAAUUCAGUCCUUAACGACGAGUCUCGUGGCCCCGCGCCUCAUCCCUGUCAUACCUUUGCUGCCACUUCUCAGGUUUACCUAACCGUCACGAAACUGGCACUGUCCUCGUGUGAUCCUGGCGUCAUCUCAAACGCCGCAGUCCUUUUCAAUACAUUGAUUGAUGCCGAGGUUGACGGCAUUGUUGAUAAUCGGGUAUUUGCCAGGGCGCUAGUCGACCUGGUUCGCAGAGCGGGCUCUGCUGGCGAGGAAGGGGAAGGGAGGCUUGUGGAGCUGCUGUUUGGAGUCGCGAACAAUAUUCGGUUACGCCCUGCUAUUCUUCCUGCGUGGUUUUUCCCAAAGGAACACGGCAAUCAGGGACCUGAGCCGGUGGAGACUGGGAAGGAGUUUGCGGGUGCAACGCGAAAGGACGAUUUCCCGUUCUUCUAUUUGUUAAUCGACUAUGUUCAUCAUGAAGGAAGAUCGGGCGAUUUCGCCCGAACGGGCCUGCUGUAUAUCAUUGAGACGGCAUCGCGGUCAAAGGAGCUCGAGCGAUGGCUGAUUGAAAGCGACCUUGCAACGCUAAUGGCCACGGGUUUAGGGGCGCUUUAUAGCCAAUUGAAUAGAAAGCUUCUUUUCUUGAAGGAUGACGAGAGCAUCCCUCAUAUCGUCGCUCUGUCCGAUUAUGCUCCGGUGGAGACGGCAGCUCGCCCCAAGCUCGGGGCACACAUGGAUGCAUUUCUUUCUUACUUGUUAUUCUGGCAGGAUACCAUCGAUCAUUGUAAAUCUGCUGAGGUUAACGACACACUGCUGGAUCAUUUUCAGGUCCUGUUUCUUCAACAGCUUCUUUAUCCAUCUCUUUUGGAGUCAUCGGAUGUUGAUGGCGGCUCCACUUCCGCUGUUAUUACCUACCUUUGCCGCAUCUUGGAAUCGAUUGACCAGCCCGAUCUAGUCCAUCGAAUUUUGCAUUUUCUCCUAGCUUCAUCCACGGGGAGUGAACCCGCUGCACAAAUUCCGAAGCAGAAGUUACGAAUGUCACUCAGCCGCCGCAAAUCUCUUGAUCUCCUAGCUUCGUUCGCGGAGGCUGCUGCAAAGCCAUCGCCAGAACUUUUCAACUUGGUCGACCUUGUGUUGAUGAGUAUUAGAUCGAAGAAUCCCCCAACGGUAGUGGCUACCUUCCAGCUUAUGACUGUGAUUUUUCAACGGCAUCAUAUAUUUGCAAGCUCCUUGAUCAAAACAGUUGAACCUCCUGAGACGUCUAUGUGCAUCAGGCCUAUUGGCGCACUUAAUGCAGAAUUACAACACUUAGUUAGCUUGGCAAGAUCAGUCAUUGAAGACCCUUAUUUGGAUCAGUCAUAUCAAAAUUAUCUUCUCGAUGCAUCCGCAAUUUUGGACCAACGAACCCCUAUUAUGGCUCUGGUUGGAGGGAAACCUACCCACUCCGCUCUGGAUUCGCCCUUGCUUCUGCACACUACUGAUGACAUAUUACGGGGAAUGAUCUCCAGGCUGGAGUCGUUUUUCACGAAUAGCGUCGUGAUGAAUCUAGCCUUAACAGAGGCUAUUACAAGUUUGGCAUCUUCAAACUACAUAUCCUUGGAUGGAUGGCUCCUCGUCGAGCCUCGGAAUUACGAAUAUGACACCGCGAGUCGGACCUGCGCAGAUGCAGAUGCGGAGGCCGAUCACGCAAACAAAUUCAGCCUAGCAUUCGAUCACCCAUCUUUUCCUCCGUCGUCGGUACCAUUGGUGCCGCACACUAUCCAAAAAUUGGUUCGCCGAGUCGAACAAUGGCGAUCGGAUAUAUCCGAUUUUGACAUCCUCGUCGCAGCCCGCAGACAUCUCCUCCGUUCCGGCGAUGAUGUGGGUGGCAUUGACGGACAACCUGGGGUUAAAUCAUCUGAUUCUUCCAACCGACCAUCAGCGGACCGCCAGGGUCACCAACACCCGGCCAAAGUUGGCCAUCGUUCCGAUUCUCCGCGAGGUCGCAAGACAACACUUCUUGAACAGACGACUGAUUCUUCGCCGCCGCGCUCGUUUGUAACUUCUGGGUCCAGAUCAUUGUUUAGCUCCCCCCUCCGCGAUAACCCUCAGAAGCAAGCACCCUCGCGACCAGAAUCAGCAACUCGCUCUUCGAUAGCGGCAGACGAGCUCCGAAGACGACUUGCGACGCAUAUCAAAGUUGACCUGUCGGAUGAUUCCUCUUCUGACCAAGGCACAACUUCUGAAACUGACACGUCGACAACGUCUUUGCCCGAUCAUCCUGGCGAUGAUGACUUGGGAUCCGGAUCGGGAUCUGGGAGCGCUUCUCGAUCUAAUAAUGUAACGCUUGGACACAUUCUCACCAACACCAUCAUCCUCUAUGAGUUUAUUCUUGAGUUAGUUGCCCUAGUGCAGGUUCGGGCAACGCUGUUCCAGGAAGUCAAGUUCGAGCGGUGA